AUGUUGAUUAAACCAGGAAUCCUACACGACGGAGGGAAUUCACUGACUCAGACUGGAAGCGAGAGAAGCUCAGCAGCCGAACCGCAGACAGAUUUGGCCGCAGUAGGAAAAGAGAAGGGGGUGUUAGUGUCAGUGCGUGUCCCCGGAGAGAGGCGGUCAUUGUCUACUUUGCCAGUACACGGAUCAGCCGCAGGUCCAGUUGAAUCAUCCGGCACAGGACAAACACGUACAGUACAGCACAGCUCCUGCAUCCGAGUGCAAGACGUGGCGGCAAAUGAGUUGGACGAGCGCUGCUUCCUGUCGGCGCAGGCCAUGUCCAGCCUCAAGGUGUCCGACCACUUCCAGGUGCUGAAGUUCUUGGGCGAAGGCUCGUACGGCAAAGUAAUGCUGGCCGUGCACAGGAAGAGAGGAACCCCGAUGGCCUUGAAGUUCUUCCCUCGUCAGUCAACGACACUCACCUCUUUCCUGAGGGAGUACAACCUCUCGCUUUCCUAUUGCACGCAUCCUUCACUGACACGCGCGCUGGGAAUCUUUUUCUCCACGUCGUCGCACUAUGUCUUCGCCCAACAGGCCGGUCUCUACGGCGACCUGUACAGCGUGAUUGUGUCAGAGGUUGGCCUGGACGAGGAACACGUCCAGAGAGUGAUGUCCCAACUGAGCGGCGCCGUGUCCCACCUGCACUCGUUGGGUUUCGUCCACCGCGACAUAAAACCCGAGAACAUCUUCCUCUGCGACAGCUCGUGCCGUUGGGUCAAACUGGGGGAUUUUGGCCUGACCCGGGCCGUCGGCUACACCGUCGGCGCCGUCUGGUACGAGUCGCCCUUUUGCACCCCUGAAGUGGAGCCCGCCAAGGAGGCAGAGAAGGCCAAAGACUGCAGUGACCUGGGAGAGAAGGAGACCAUUUGGAUCACAGUGGAGCCCAGCAUAGACAGUUGGGCCUUAGGCAUCCUCACCUACUGCCUGCUGACCGGCUGCUUUCCCUGGGAGGAGAGCACCACCGAUGACCCCGGCUACACCAAAUACAAAUCCUGGUUCGAGCGCGGGGACGCCAAGGAGGAAGCGGACAUCUCCACGGUCGAAAAAGAGAACCGGCGGAAUAACCCGCCGCCGUCACAGUUCCGAGGCCUCAGCUCGCACGUUAUGGCGCUCCUCCGACUGCUGCUCCAUCCUGACCCCGAACAGCGGGGGAGCCCUGAGGAGAUUCUGAGCUACCUGGGGGGACCCUGGUUGAUGGAGACGGAGAAGGAAGAGAGGAGGAGGGAUGAAGAGGCCCAGCGGGAGGCCAGGAAACUCGGGGAGGUGGGAGGAGGAGUGGGAGAGGAGCUUGUGAGGGAAGGAAGAGGCGAGAGAUAA